AGAGAGAGAAGAAUUCGAAAUUGUUUCGACGGCGCGUGUAUCGUACACCUGCUAUGUAUGGAAUUUUAAGAACUCCACCUCUAUCGUGGAUUAUCCUAAUUUUAUCGGGCUUCUUCCAAUUAUCGGUUUCAUUAUCGUUACGUGCCAGGAAUAAUUGUCCGCCUGGUACGAGGAAACAUGCUCGAUGAAGAGAUUUUCAUCCAUCCCUCUCUGGUCCCUCUUUUUCAUCGGCCGCCGUCGAGUACCUACCGUCGCUCGUGUGCGCUCGAAAUAAGCGGAAGGAUUUAUGGCCGUGCGCUUUGCUGCUCGCUACGCCGGAUCGUCGUUUCUCGUAAGAACGACGUUCCGUUCUCCUUAGAGCGUAGAAGCGAUUUCGAGUUUUCGCGAGUCGAGUCGGACGAGAAGAAGUACGAGAAGAAGUACGAGAAGAGGAGGAAGAAGAAGAAGAAGAAGAAGAAGAAGAAGAAAAAGGGAUUCCUUGAGAUUCCGAAAGAAACCAAGGAGCGAGCCGGGCGGGCCUGCCGUGGCCUGACCCUUGCCACCAAUUUGUUCGAGACAUUCCCGCCUCGCCUCACCCUCCUCUUGUCGCACUCGCGUUUUUACGCCUCUCUCUCUUUCUCUCUCUCUUUCUUCCUUUCUUCCUUUCUUUCUUUCUUUCUUUCUUUCUUUCUUUCUUUCUCUUUCUUUCUUUCUUUCUACCUUCCACUGACAUUCCGUGAACGAACAGCCGAGCGUUUUAUACGUAACGAAUGCUGCACCGCUCGGCAUUUUCGAUUCUUUCCUCUCGACGAAAAGAGAAAAUACGAGAAAGCCGAGCAGAGUCCCGGAGUGAGAGGAAGUCCAAAGUCACAACAGUUCUUGGUUGCUAAAUACGUGCGCUUAAUCUAAAUCAUUCUCUUGUUGCUUCCGACGGUGGCGGCGGCGGCGACGACGACGACGACGACGACGACGACGACGACGAAAAAGAAAAAGAAAAAGAAAAAGAACCGAGGGCAGACGAGGAAGAUCCAUCGUCGUAAAGUGGCAGCGCCAAAACGGAGGUGCCUCGAGUUCUUCCUAUUCGUUUACCUUUCGUCAUCGUCGGCUACUCGUUAUGUCGGUGGGUGGUAAACGUUCGCCGUACGUUUGCCCUUUAAUCGGGGAGAAAAAAGCUUUAGGACGAAGGAAAGAAAGGCGGAGGUGAAUACUCCGAUGCAGCGUCCUUGAUCGCAAGGUUCCCGACUUCCGUCGUCGUUUCUUCUUAUCCCCGAGAGUCUCGUUCGUUGCGGCGGGAGAUAUUCGAAGAAUUUCGCUGGACCGAACGACUCUUCCCUCUUUCCAGCCGCGGAAGGACGGGGGAGCGAAAGGGCCAGAUAGAUAGAUAGAGAGAAAGAGAGAGAGAGAAAAGUGCACAUCCUUUCGGCCGAACCGAAGAGCAGUCGCGGCCCUUGCAACGGAUCCUUCUUUUUUUUCUCCUCUCUACUCUCUUCCUCGGGCCGUCCCGGCUGUCCUCUCCUCUCUCGUGUUCAUCGAGAGCACACACGCCGAGCUAGCGAGCGAGUAGUAGCAGCAACAGCAGCAGCAGCAGCAGCGGCAGCGGCAGCAGCUACGCUGCUCUCGUCACUGUCUAUCCGAGCAGACAGCGUGGAGCUGCCUUCGAGCAAAGACGGUAGGAAGUCAGAUGGUGAUGGAUCCGAUGCUCGUUUGCAAGAAAACGAGAAGAUUGAAAGGAAAGCUCGCCGACAUUUGCCGAAAGGAGCCGUCCUUGUUGAAGGAGAUCGCAAAAGGCGUUCAAGUCGGUACGAGAGAAUGUCAACACCAGUUUAGAAAUCGCAGAUGGAAUUGUACGACGAUACGGCGAUCCCUGAGGAAAAUUCUUUUACGCGAUACCAGGGAGACUGGCUUCGUGAACGCCAUCACCGCCGCUGGAGUUACUUAUGCGGUUACCAGGGCCUGUACCAUGGGUGACCUUGUGGAAUGUUCAUGCGAUAAGAUGACGACGAAGGGCAAUCGGCUGGGCAAACUCGCGCUGACGGCGGACGUAAAGAAGAAUCUUCUUACCGAGGGCGAGUGGGAAUGGGGCGGAUGCGGCGACAACGUCAAUUUUGGUUUUCGAAAGUCGAAGGAUUUCAUGGACGCGCCGUAUAGGAAACGUAGCGACAUCAAGACGCUGGUGAAGCUUCACAACAAUGCCGCGGGACGUUUGGCGGUGAGGAAUUUCAUGACGAUCGAGUGCAAGUGCCACGGGCUGUCGGGCUCGUGCAGCGUGCGCACCUGCUGGCGAAAGAUGCCGUCCUUUCGCGAGGUCGGCGAUCGUCUGAAGGAGUCGUUCGACGGGGCGGCGAAGGUGAUACCGAGCAACGACGGGCACAGCUUCAUCACCGAGGGUCCGACCAUCAAGCCACCCGGUAGAUUCGAUCUGAUUUAUAGCGAGGACUCGCCGGAUUUCUGCAAGCCGAAUCGGAAGACGGGAUCUCUCGGUACUGUCGGCCGGCGAUGCAACUCCUCCAGUCCCGGCGUCGAAGGUUGCGAGCUCCUCUGUUGCGGCAGGGGCUACGACACGAGGAUAGUCAAGGAGAAGGUCAAUUGUCAGUGCAGGUUCAGAUAUUGCUGCGAGGUCACUUGCGAGACCUGUCUCGUAAAGACCACCGUCAACACCUGCCGUUGACCCGUCUCGUAACGUUUACUCUCUUAUUUUGCAAACCCGAGAACGUGCGCACCCCUAUAUUUAUACGCUCGAUAUUAAUGUAAAUGAUAUUAAAACAAGCGCGUUGCGAGCGACGCGUUGACUCGCGCUUCGCCUCGCGUACCGAUCGAUUAACGUCCCGUUUAUAUCCAAGCGUCUUGUGAUUUAUACCUUAUCUUAGUACAUACCAUUUAAGUAUAGAAAAGUAUUCAAGUACCGAUGCCUAUUCGAUAAAACGUUAACGAGAUGUAAAUAGUAGCAAGGUUCUCACGGUCUCCUUAAGGAUUAAUUCUAAGUAUAAUCGACGUUUCCCCUUGGUACCGUUGCGAUUAUUUUUAACAACAACGUCUUGCGAUUAGUUUUAUUAUCGACGUAGACGGGAAGGUAACGUUUAUUCUUCUUAGCUUACCAUUAGCGUUAAUGAAAGAGGUCGUUAAUUUUUUCACUUAAAGCUUUCCGCGUAUCUCCAGCGUUUCUUUUCCAUAGGUAUGCUUGCUUACUCGACGUACGCGCGUACGAGUUGCCACGUAGGAUAUACCUAUAUAUUGUUUUUUUUUCCUUCUUCUUUCUUUCUUUCUUCUUUUUCUCCUUUAAGUAUAUUAUCACCUUGAGUUUAAUAUCUUGCUGAAAUAAUAUAAGGACACUUACCUGUUUCAACCUUAAUCAGUCGAUUUACCUUUCUCCUUCUCGAUCGGCGAGCGAAAUAGAUGGAGUCAAUUUCUUUAUCGCUCUUAUCUCUUUUACUCUUGUACAUAAGACUGAUACAGUUCAUGCAUAACAGAUUACGUUCACGCGCUUACGUAGUCGCAAAUGUGACUCGUCGGCUAUCGGCCAUUACAUGCGAUACAAGCGAUAGGUAACUCUUUUUCUUUCUUUCUCUUUCUUUUUUAUUCCUUUUUUUUCUCUUGUCUUUUUUCCCGUUUUCUUUCAACCGGUGUACCGCGUUUCAACGCGAUUGGACGAAGCGUGGAUUAAAUAUAUACGGACGUAUGGUUCGACUUUGA